GCUAUAGUUCUAUCCUUUGGUUAUACUCUUUCGACUCGACCUAAGAUGAACCUGCCUUCUCCUAUUGUUCGUUGACCUCAUGAGGAGAUAUAGAGUCAUCACAAAGUCGCGAAAAUGCCCGUCCCUUUCCUUGGGCGGUUGAACGGUUCCGAGUAUGUCGCAUUGGUCGGCUCCUUCUUCCUCGUCGGCUUCGAAGCCAUCAUCCGCGUCCUGACUCUCGCCCUACCUGAUUCGCUUUUAUCACUCUUCUACCGGGCGUCUAGGAGACUUUUCAAUAGAAUAGCAUCACCUGCGGAGAAACGAGCCGAGGAGAGGAGUAAGCCGAUAUCCACCUCGAUCCGCGAAACCUCCGACUUCGUCGACCUCUGCGCGUUGUACGGCUAUACCGCCGAAGAGCAUGUGCUUCAAACUAAGGAUGGCUAUCUGCUUGGCUUACAUCGACUUGCCUGGAGGAAAGGGGAAGAGGACAAGAGGGUCAAUUCCGGCCCUAAGAGCCUGAAGAAACGAGUCGUCUAUCUCCACCAUGGGCUUCUUAUGAAUAGCGAGGUCUGGGUGUGCCUUACUGAUGCGCAGAGGGCACUGCCCUUUGUCCUUGUGAACCGCGGCUUCGAUGUUUGGCUGGGCAACAACCGUGGGAAUAAAUACUGCAAAAAGUCGGUCCACCACUCGCCGACAAGCAUUAAGUUUUGGAACUUCUCGAUGGAUGAAUUCGCCUUCCACGACAUCCCUGACAGCAUAGCAUAUGUCCUCGAUACCACGGGUCAGAAGUCGCUCUCCUACAUCGGCUUCUCCCAGGGCACAGCGCAAGCCUUCGCCAGCCUCGCAGUUCAUCCCAAGCUCAACGAUGAGGUCAAUGUGUUCAUCGCCCUUGCGCCAGCCAUGUCUCCGGCCGGACUGCAUAACGGAAUUGUCGACGCGCUCGUCAAGGCCUCACCCCAGGUCAUCUUCCUCCUCUUCGGGCGACGAUCCAUUCUCAGCUCGGCUACCAUGUGGCAAUCGAUCCUCUAUCCGCCCCUAUUCUCCAAAGUCAUCGAUCUGGGCCUGGGCUUCCUCUUCAACUGGAAGACGGAGAACAUCAGCGCGUCCCAGAAACUCGCGGCAUACCCUCACCUCUACUCCUUUACCAGCACCAAAUCUGUCGUGCAUUGGUUCCAGAUCAUUCGUAACAAGACGUUCCACAUGUUUGACGAUGACGUCCAACCCCCGCUGUCUCUCUCGAGUAAGUACACCAAGGUGGCCAAAUACCCGACCCGCAACAUCAGGACUCCCAUUGUGCUGGUAUAUGGAGGGAGUGACUCGUUGGUGGACAUCAAGGUCAUGCUCCGGGAGCUGCCGAGGAAGACAGUUGCCACGGAAAUCCCCCAUUACGAGCACUUGGACUUCCUGUGGGCUAGGGAUGUCGACUCCCAGGUGUUUCCGCACGUCUUCGACGCAUUGGAAAGCUUCACCGGGGCGGAGCACACGAAGGAGGAGUACGAGCGAUACCGGAGCGCGAGACACACGAGCCUCAGCGCGAGCAGCAGCUUCCGGCGAUAUGAGCACCGCGGCAGCGACAUAGUGGAAAGCGACAUCGGCUCCGCGAAUACUCCCAGCAGUAGCGAACAGGCGGACGGAGAUGGCAUCGAUAUCGGUCAGAAGGGUGUCAACGGAUAUUCGACCAAGGGCCUAGCCCACCACGCCCGCGAAGAUGAGGCCUGAGGCCCUGCAAGACGCCUCCUCGGUGAAGGGAAGGGAAUGGGAUCUUCCCUUGGUGCGAGUGAGCACUGCGCAGAGGCGGGGCUGAGGGUCUGUUGUUUUGGAAGGAAGGCGAAAGCCAUUCCAACAGCCCCAACCUUGCAAUGCCCUGGGCUGUG